GGUCGUAGCUGCUCGUCCAUGGCUCAAUAGAUUGUGAAUCGUUCUCCCACGACAGUGCGACCGAUUGAAUCUCUUGAAGCACCGUUAAUGGCUGCUUCAACCUUCACUGCGCCCAUCUUCCAUGUAAAACCGGCUGUUUCUGUACCGAAAUUCACAACGUCCAGAAUCAGAACCAGACCCCAAACAACCAAAGUCAAGGUUUUAGCCCCUUUUGCGGCUCUUUCCGACCCUUUCGUCCUCCAAAUCGCUGAAACCCUAGAAGACUCUCUCGCCUCCACCUCCGCUUCGCCGCCGCCGCCGCCGCUUCUCCAGAAGCUGAGAGACGCCUCUUCGGAGUCCCUUCUCUCCACUCCAUGGCCGUCCCGCAAAGACGAGCCGUUUCGGUUCACCGACACUUCGUUCAUAAAGCUCUCCCAGAUCGAGCCCAUUCUAUCGCCGCCUCAAUCUCUGGAUUCUUUGGCCGUUUCCUCGGAUUCCAAUUUGCCCAGCCUCGUCAUUGUCGAUGGCUACCAUAUCAAUUCUCUCUCUCGAAUCGACGAAUUGCCCAGUGGAGUGUUUGUUGGGGGCUUAUCCAGCCUCGGUUCGGAAGCUAUUAUGAAAAGAGUGUCUGAAUUUGUGGCCAGUUUCGAAGGGGACUUGUUUUGCUCGCUCAAUGGGGUAGGCGCCCCGGAUUUGAUAGUUGUGUACGUUCCCGAGGAGUGUAGAGUUGAGAAACAUUUGCAUUUGAAGUAUUACUCGAUUGAAGGGGCUGAUAGUGGGUCUAACAAGUUGCCGGUUUCGAAUCCUAGGGUUAUAGUGUUGGUGGAGAAGGGAGGGGAGAUAGGUUUGAUUGAAGAGUAUGUGGGAGAUAAUGGAGAGAAGUGUUAUUGGUCAAAUUCGGUUACAGAAGUGGUGGUUGGAGAAGGGGCAAAGGUUAGCCAUUCUUACAUUCAGAACCAAUCUCUGAAUGCUGCACAUAUCAAGUGGACCUCAGUUCGGCAGGAAUCAACAAGCACCUAUGAGCUUACAGAAGUAAGCACUGGUGGAAAGUUGAGCAGGCAUAAUCUUCACGUGCAGCAAGUUGGUCCAGAUACGGUGACAGAGUUAUCAACAUUUCACUUAUCUGCCAGUGAUCAAAUACAAGAUCUACAUAGUAGACUUGUGUUGGACCACCCACGAGGGUUUUCUCGGCAACUUCACAAAUGCAUUGUUGCUCAUUCUAUGGGACAGGCUGUAUUUGAUGGGAACAUCAAGGUCAACAGAUAUGCACAGCAGACAGAUGCGGGGCAACUUACAAGGAGCCUGCUACUCGAGCCUCGCGCAAGCGUGAACGUUAAACCCAACCUCCAGAUCAUUGCAGACGAUGUCAAGUGCUCCCACGGAGCUGCAAUAAGCGACCUAGAAGAGAACCAAUUGUUCUACUUCCAGGCUCGGGGAGUGGACUUGGAGACGGCUAGAAAGGCUCUCAUCUUCUCGUUUGGAGCUGAAGUGAUGGAGCGUUUGCCUUACAGUUUUCUCCGCAAGAAAUUUGAAGGUCAGAUCAAGGAAUUGAUUGAUCCCUCACCACCAACACCACCACCCCUUUACCGGUGAGCACUGAGCAGUACUGAUGAUGGAAUUGGAUGCUGCUUUACAAAACUUUCCUAAAUAUUACCUUGGUUUGCAGAAGAAUAUAAUGCAUCUUGUCUUCUCAGGAAAUUUUGUAAUUUAUCAUAAUAUUAAAUUAAAAAAAAAACAUAUUUUUUCUUUACAUUUCUUUUGGGUUUUUAGGGUAGAUUGAAAGUUCCCUUCUCUUCCACAACACUCGACAAUUGUAAUUGAUAAUUUGAUAUGUGUUUAAAGAUACAAAUGAGGGUCGUUUUUGAUUCA